AUGGAGGCCGCCUUGCUGAAGCCGGCGAUGAUGGCGGAGGUGAAGGGGAGCGGCUCCGGCCCGGCCGUCAGCGCCGAGCUGGAGGUGAAGAAGCUGCAGGAGCUGGUGAGGAAGCUAGAGAAGCAAAACGAGCAGCUCCGCAGCCGAGCCGCAGCCGCCGCCGCCACCCCCGGCCCGCACCUGCUGCUGGCCCCCGGGGGGCUGCGCCCCUCCAGCCCCCCCGUGCCGCCCUGCGUGCCCAGCCCGGCGCCCCCCGCUGCUGUGCAGGAGCCCCUCGCCUAUUUCAAGCCCUCUCCCGGCGGCGGGGGGCAAGAAGUAGGCGCCCCGGGGGCUGCCACGGUGCUGGACGAGGUGGCGGUGCUGGAGCUGGAGGAUGGAUGCUGCGGGCAGGACGAGGAUACGUGGUUGUAUGUCUUGCCUACCAAGACUCUUACCCUUCAAGAGAAAUCACUGAGUCCUCUGCAGUGGUGCAGACGUGUUCUGGAUCAUCCAAGUCCUGAGAUAGAGGCUGCAAAACGUUCCCUAUGCUUUAGAUUGGAGCAAGGUUACAUUUCUAGAAGUUCCCCUUUGAGCCCACAGUCAUCAAUAGACAGUGAGCUGAGCACCUCAGAGCUGGAGGAUGACUCCAUCUCCAUGGGAUACAAACUGCAGGACCUCACUGAUGUUCAGAUCAUGGCUCGUCUACAGGAAGAGAGCCUUAGACAAGAUUAUGCUACAACUUCAGCGUCAGUGUCAAGACACAGUUCGAGUGUAUCACUGCACUCAGGAAAGAAGGGGACAUGCAGCGACCAGGAAUAUGAUCGCUAUAGCCUUGAGGACGAGGAAGAGUUUGACCAACUCCCGCCUCCACAACCGCGCCUCACCCGCUGCUCCCCCUUCCAGAGAGGAAUCCCACAUUCACAGACUUUCUCCAGUAUUCGGGACUGCAGGAGAAGCCCAACUUCCCAGCACUUCCCUUCAAGUACUUAUCAGCAGCCCUACUAUCCUCCUCAAGCCCAAUCACCAGAGCAGCAACCAAAUAGGAUUAAUGGAGAUAAACUCCGAAGAAGCAUGCCGAACCUAGCUCGGAUGCCAAGUACUCCCACCAUUAACAAUGCUGCUGGCUUUGCUAGUUCUCCAGUCACUGUGAGGAACAGUCAGAGCUUUGAUUCCAAUCUACAUGGAGCGAGUAAUGGGAUUUCAAGGAUGCAGUCGUGUAUUCCAUCGCCAGGACAGCUUCAGCACAGAGUUCACAGUGUGGGACAUUUUCCAGUGUCUGUCAGGCAGCCUCUCAAGGCUACUGCCUAUGUAAGCCCAACUGUACAAGGCAGUAGUAUUCCAGUGUCCAACAAUUUACAGCUAUAUUCUAACACUGGGAUCCCAAUGCCAAACAAGACUGCUAGUCAAGGGACUGUGGGGCGCAGUGCUCUUCCAAGACCCUCGUUGGCCAUCAAUGGAAGCGGCAUACCCAGAAGUAAAAUUGCACAGCCAGUUCGAAGUUUUCUUCAGCCUCCUAAGCCACUUUCAUCACUGAGCACGAUGCGGGAAGGAAACUGGAGAGAUGGCUGCUAUUGAUGAAAGAUGCCCAUGGACAGUGGAAAAUAAGUAACGUGGAUUUCAUUACCCAGCUGGCUGGGUAACAAUGACUUGGGAAAGGAGGGUCGUGCAGUAUUAUUUCCCCUGGGAUUUUAAUAUGUAAACAUCCAUAAUGCAAUGCCAUUUUUUAAAAAAUGAACAUCUUAUCAAAUACUGAAUAUUGCACUUAUAUCAGUUACCUGAACAGCUGCAUUGUUAUCAGACUAACAGUGGCAGUAUUAUCACAUAGAACUGAAGAAAGUAUUAUAUAUGUGCAAAGUACCAGAAUAUUUCCUCUGAAAGAACUUGGAGCUAAUGCUUUUGCAGCAGCUUUGCCAUACUGAAAUUCUAAAAUAAUUUAUUCCUUGUAAAGGCAUCAUGCAUUUAUUUUGAAUUUGGAGGGGACUUAAUGUAUGUGUUUAAUUUUUUUUUAGUGUUUCCAGUACAUUUUUUUUAUAUACUUGACUUCAUUUAAACUUGCCUGAAUCUUGAACAACAGAGAGAUAAUCUAACUUUUCUGUGCCAUAAAUAAUAUUUUUGGGGUAAUGUACUUUUUUAGCGCUAGGAACAUAUCUUACAAAAUUGUACCAUUGGCAAUACAAAGCAGUAUAUUUAUGUUGCAGAAGCACAAAAAAAGUAGCAUUCACUCGAAACUGCCAUCCAGCAGGGUCAGCAUGGUUUUGUUGGUCUUUCACUGUUUGUUCAAUUGUUAAUUUAUUGUCAUAGUGUUUUGUAUUUAAAAUGGCAGCAUAAGUCACGUUGCACUUACCAAGAUACAAUGAUCUCUACAACUAUGUUUGGUUUUCAAUACUUUAUUACAAAGAAUAAAAUUGUAAUGUUUUAUUAACAGUUGCUUAUGAAAAAUGAGUUUUAAUGUGAA